AAAGCAUAUGGUAUCUCUACAUAUUUGAUACUGAUUAAGCUCAGAUUUUUUUCUAAACAAUUGACAUAAACUUUACAUAAACUUUACAUUGGGAUAUAGAAAAUAAGCGCACUGAAUUAGAAAAAAAUAUCGGGUGAAAAAAUUCACGCGUCUUGGUGCGGUGUUUAUAAUUUCUCUCUUCCUUCACAUGACAUCCGUGUCUUCUUCUUUUUUUUCUAACUUGCUCGUACCAACAAAAAUCGAGAAAAAAAUAAAUAAAUCAAGGGAGAGAGAAAAUCGCGGAGGAAGACAAAUUGGCCCUGAGAUUUUCCAAAUUUCUAGAGAGAGAGAAAGUAAGAUUAGUUUAUUUCAACGUAAAGUUGUAAGAGAGAGAGAGAAAAGAGUUGUCUUAUUUGUUUUAUUGUUAAUUAAACGUUGUCGCCAUUUACGCCAUUGAUUGAUUCAAGUUAAGUGCGUUGAAUCAAACAGAGUGUUUGAAUUUCACUUCACUAGCAAGCAUUACCCGUCGGAUCUUGAACGAAAUGGGUGAUACAGACACCGAUAUGAUCCACAGACUCCAUUCUCCAUUCGGCAAACAGCCUCAGCAGCUCCAAUUCUCCAGUGACAGUGCCAAACGAGUCGGUGUUCCUCCGACUUCUCCCUACUCUCAGAUCCCCACGACCAGACCACAGCCUCAGGGAGCUAGUCACUCACGCUCAAUCUCACAGCCUUCCUCUUUCUUCUCCUUCGAUUCCUUGCCUCCCCUAAGCCCUUCUCCCUCUAACAACAACAACAACAACAACAACCAGCCUUCUUCGCUGUUGCCUCCUCCACCGUUCACGAGGUGUAACUCAGACUCUUCUAGAGUCGUCUUGCCUCCGAGAAAGUUUCAUAGACGCUCCAACAGCGACAUCCCCACUUCGAUCCCUCCAAGACCGUUGGAGAGAGGGGAAUCUCCUGAUUGGUCAAAUCACACUCCUCCUUUCGUCAAGAAGGAGUCGGGAGAAGACAUGGAUGAUCUCUUCUCGGCGUAUAUGAAUCUUGAAAACAUCGACGCCUUGAACUCAUCCGAAGCUGAUGAUAAUAAUAGCAAGAACGGUGAGAGCAGUAGAGCAAGCGGGACCAAGACUAACGGUAGUGACGACACGGAGGGAGAAAGCAGUAGUGUUAAUUACGAGAGUGGCGGCGAUCGUAACAAUAGCUUGAAGAGAAGAGCCGGAGGAGAAGGAGACAUUGCUCCUACGACAAGACAUUACAGGAGUGUUUCAGUUGACAGUUGUUUCAUGGAGAAGAUGUCUUUUGGUGAAGACUCACUAAAGCCUCCUCCUACCAACUCGGUUGAUGGUGGCAUCGAGUUUAAGAGCGGUGAGUUUAAUGCGGCGGAGAUGAAGAAGAUCAUGGCUAAUGAUAAACUAGCAGAGAUGGCAGUGUCUGACCCUAAGCGUGUCAAAAGGAUAUUGGCGAACCGUCAGUCUGCAGCGAGGUCAAAGGAGAGGAAGAUGCGGUACAUUUUGGAAUUGGAACACAAAGUGCAGACUCUUCAGACCGAGGCUACUACAUUGUCUGCUCAGUUCACGCUUUUGCAGAGAGAUAUGAUGGGGUUGACAAACCAGAACAAUGAGCUCAAGUUUCGUCUUCAAUCAAUGGAGCAGCAAGCUCAGCUUCGCGAUGCUCUGAGUGAAGCACUGAAUGGGGAAGUCCAGAGGCUGAAACUGGCAAUUGGUGAGACCAGCCACAACGAAUCUGAUAGAUCAAAGAUGCAAUCACUCAACGCCGAGAUGUUCCAACAACUCCACAUCAGCCAGUUAACACAGCAGCCACAGUCUCAGCAGAACCGUAAUGGAACCAUGUCAGCAAAACCGGAAUCAAAUGAAUUAUAGAGCAGAUAAGUUGUUGAGUUGGUGGCUGGAUCAAAGGGUUGGAGUCUUUAGUUUUCAAGUUACAGAUCAAUGAAUCAAACAUUAUAUUUUAUUUAUUUAUGUGCAGUCUGUUGACAUUACAUAUAUGGCGCAAGUUCAAAAACUAAUAAUUUUACAGUGUUUUAUUCAAUUUAUGGUAGAUAGAAUAUGGUUGUAAACUUGUAAUGGAUGCUGAAGGGGUUUGAGCUUCAGACAGGGAUUCUCUGUUUUUUUUUCUUUUUUUUUUCAGUUUGGAUUCUGUCUCUUUGUUGUUUG